ACCCUCUCUCCGAUCAGCAUACUUUCUCUCACUAAGUUUCAGUUUUCUCUCUCUAAGAAGCUCUUCCCUCUCGCUCGCUCUUCUUCCAUGGCUGGCUCAAGCGCGUUGCUCUCUCUGGCCGCAAUGGCGGUCCUCCUCGUCGGCUUGGCGGUGGCGCAGAGCCCCGCCCCGUCGCCGUCGCCCUCCAUCUCGCCCAAGGCCUCGCCGUCGCCUUCUCCGACGGCUUCCGCCCCGUCUCCCGCCGGCGUCGUCACCUCUCCCCCCUCGCCUCCGCCGUCGUCUCCCGCCCCCGAGGCUCCCGCGCCGGGAUCUACGCCGUCGAUCGCGACGCCGCCGGCCGUGGCGCCCGCUCCUGCUGACAGCGGGGCCGUGAGCAACGGAGUUGGCUUUGCCGGGGCGGUGGCGAUCGGCGCCCUCGUGGCCGGUCUGGUCAUCUAGGCGGUCGCCGGAUUCCUCCUGCUGCUGCUCGCUGGCUACUUUUUAUUUCUUUUUCAUUUUUUAUUUAAUUUUCGAUAUUUUUGUGCGUAGAGAGAUAUGGACAUUGGACGGAUCAUUACGGAGGAUUGAUUAUAUAUUGUUUAUCCGGAGAUCAUGUUAUUAUUUAUUGUUAAUAAUAUUCGUUCAUUUAUUUUCUUGGUGA